AUGACUGUACGACUCUUUCUCGCCAUUGCUGCAGCUCGUGAAUGGCCCAUACAGCAGUUAGACAUCAAUAAUGCAUUUUUACAUGGACACUUGGAUGAAGAUAUUUAUAUGACUCCCCCUGAAGGAUAUGAGGUCGCACCUCAUUUGGCUUGUAAGCUAACCAGGUCGCUAUAUGGACUGAAGCAAGCAUCACGUCAAUGGAAUGUGGAAUUCACCUCUCGACUUACAUCUUAUGGAUUUCGCCAAUCAGUGCACGACCACUGCCUUUUUAUUAAGAAUACUUCUUCAGGACCACUUGUGUUGUUGGUCUAUGUGGAUGAUAUACUGCUCACUGGUCCUUCUAUUUCAACUAUUCAGGCUGUUAAGACUUAUCUUCACAAUUUAUUCACGAUCAAAGAUAUUGGGGACGCUCGAUAUUUUCUUGGCCUGAAGAUCGCUAGGUGCAGUGAUGGUCUCUAUAUCUUGCAGACUAAGUAUGUCAUGGACAUUAUUCGCGAUACAGGUUUAUGUCAAUCACGACCUGCUGCUACACCGUUUCCACAAGGUUUGCGACUUCAAUCUACUUUGGAUGAUCCGCUUCCCAAGCCAAAUUCAUACCGUCGCCUCGUGGGUCGUCUACUAUAUCUUGGAUAUACUCGUCCAGAUAUUUCACACUCGGUUCAACAACUUAGUCAGUUUCUCACACACCCGUGCGAGUCGCACUGGCAAGCAGCUCUACAUGUAGUUCGCUAUCUUAAGAGUUGUCCAUCAAAGGGUCUCUUCUUUUCCUCACAGAGCUCGCUAACACUGACGGCUUAUUGUGACGCAGAUUGGGCGACAUGCCCAGAUUCCAGACGAUCACUUACAGGUUUUUGUAUAUUUCUUGGACCAGCUUUGAUCUCUUGGAAGACUAAGAAGCAAUGUACAGUAUCUCGGUCGACAGCUGAGGCUGAGUAUCGUAGUCUAGCUGCUACUGUCUGCGAACUGCGUUGGAUUUCUUAUAUUAUGACUGAUCUCGGUAUGUCUACUUCCUUUCCGAUUGAUCUAUUUUGUGAUAACAAAGCGGCAUUGCAUAUUCUGGCCAAUCCUGUUUUUCACGAACGAACUAAACACAUAGAAAUGGACUGUCACUUAGUUCGUGAUGCUUAUAAAGAAGGUUUCAUUGCCCCUUCUUUUGUUCGAAGCUCGCUACAGCUCGCUGAUAUCUUUACUAAGGUGUUGCCCAUGUCUGCCUUCACGAGUUUGUUGACCAAGUUGGGCUUGUUCGCUAUCGAACCAGGUCCAACUUGUGGGGGGGAUGUUGAGAGUUUGAAGAUGUCAUCUAAUGAAGAUUUGGAUGCUGCAGGGUAG